UCUUCCUCUCUUUUCUCCCCGUCGUGGACUUCUGCAAGACGAAGAUGGAGUUCCCAUUUGGGCAUCACCAUGAUCACAACCACCAUCACAAGCGAAGGGAUGAAGAAGAGCAGCACUACCCACCACCCAGCAACCAUGAGCCCACUUGGCCACCUCCGCCACAAGAUUUCCAACCACCAACAUAUCCUCCUCCCAAUCGCUUUGACUCCGAAUCUGAUUACCCUUCAGUUCACCAUGUCUCUCAUCACCACUACGAACCUAAACCUGAACCUCAACCUGAUUAUGCUUCAGUCCACCAUGUCUCCCAUCAGAUCCACCAGGGUUUUGAUCCUGUUCCAUAUGAUGAGUUUCGCUCUGAAACUCACCAUCAGUACAAUCAUCACAACCAUGGUGGUUCUGGGUCUGAACUGUUGAAUAAACCCACCAGCAGGGUCUAUAGCAAGGCUGAACCUGGUUAUUCUCUCACUGUCCGAGAUGGGCAUGUCAUACUCGCUCGAUCUAAUGAAAAUGACCCAUUUCAGCAUUGGAUCAAAGAUGAGAAAUAUAGUACGAGGGUGAAGGAUCAGGAGGGUUUUCCAAGUUUUUCUCUCGUAAAUAAGGCCACUGGUCAGGCUAUGAAGCACUCCAUUGGAGCCACCCAUCCAGUCCAGCUGAUCUCUUACAACCCUGAUGUUCUUGAUGAAUCAGUCCUGUGGACUGAGAGUAAGGACUUGGGAGAUGGUUUCAGAACAAUAAGAAUGGUUAAUAACAUUCGUUUGAACUUGGAUGCUUUCCAUGGGGAUCAGAACCAUGGAGGAGUUCAUGAUGGCACUACUAUUGUGCUUUGGGAAUGGAAGAAAGGUGAUAAUCAGCGAUGGAAGAUUUCUCCCCACUGAUCUGUGUGCUGUUGAGUCUCCCGUGCUUGGAAGCUUUUGUUAGAAGAAGACAGUCCCUUGGAGAAUGUGUGUUUUUUAUAUUCUCUUUGGGUGUUCUAUG